CCCAGGUCGAGCGGCGCGAGAGCAGUCAAGGUUCCUGUCCACCUUGAGGGGGCUAGGAUGGCUGAGGAGUCGAUGCGCGGUAGAGUCGAAUCCGAGGCUGGUUUUGAGGCAGUGAAGCCUGAAGAAUCUAAGGUGUCUUCACCGAAGACUGCCGAUGUUGUCGCAACGUCAUCGAAGGCGGAGGACUACAGUAGCAAGUGCGUGUUCUGCCGGAUCGCGGCGAAGCAGGAACCCGGCACCGAGCUCCUGUACUGCGAGAAUGAAGACCUAGUUUGCUUCAAAGAUAUCAGACCAGCAGCACCUCAUCAUUAUCUUGUGGUGCCAAAGAAGCAUCUUGGAAACUGUAGAGAGCUGAAGAAAGAUCAUAUAGAACUGGUUGAGAGCAUGGUGACUGUUGGGAAAACUAUUCUUGAAAGGAAUAAUUUCACUGACUUCAAAAAUGCGAGAAUGGGUUUCCACAUGCCGCCGUUUUGUUCCAUCUCCCACUUGCACCUUCAUGUGCUGGCACCUGUUGAUCAACUUGGCUUCUUAUCAAAAUUGGUUUAUAGAGUGAAUUCCUAUUGGUUUAUCACAGCUGACUGUUUGAUUGAAAAACUAAGAAUAUGAAAAUGUCAACAGUGGAAGAUUUUCCUAAUCUUGGCUCAACAUAAACUAAUAUUUUCGUUCUUUUGAAGUCUAAUUACAAUUGUAAGGUUCAUUGGGUUUUAUGAGAGGCUAUUACUGGCUAGCCUUAAAUCUUUUCUGAAUGUCUGUUUCCUGAGAUAUGUGAUACAAUUCCAUGGAUACUUUGUCAUUGACUUCUUUAUUUUAAUGGUUACUUGUUUAAGGUAUAAAAUACUAUAGAUAAAAUCCCAUUAAAACAAAUCCUGUUAAUCAGGAAGGUCUAUUUUUUCAAAAAGUUUAAAUAUUUUCAUUUCUCAGUAGUCUAUUAUAAUAGUGAUUUAUUUACAAAGAAUAACUGGUAUGGAAAGUACUUUAUUGGAGCCUUUAUUACUAUGAAGGGGAGACAGAAAUUAACUAUUUCUUUACAUACAAAAUUUCAAAAUGAAAAGUACCAUACUAUAUAGUGACUUAUGUUCUUGUUGAUUGAAAGAAUCGUUUUGUGUCACUUUUUACUCAGAUUUCAGAUGCUGGUUUUCACUUCUUGAAGCCUAACAUUUUUGUGAUAAAUUGUUCCUGAAAGCUAUAAAAUAUACAUAAAGUAAAUUCUAAUGGUGGAUUUAUAAGAACAAUUUGGCUAUCCAAGAGAAUUGACUGUAAUGGCAUUUUACCUGCAAGAACAUAAAUGGGGAGGAAACAUAAAAUGGUUAUCGUAAUGUGUUACAAACUGGUGGAAAUUAUUGUUUUAUGAUUUAUUGUACCAAAGGAAAAGUAGAAUUAAAAAGUUUUAGGCCUGGCUUUUAUCAUGAAGAAAUCCUGAUUUGAAAGUAGGAACAGAUAAGCUUGGAUGAGAAAAUUUAAUAGCUCAAUGUUAGCAUUACUGAUACAUCAUUUUGUGAGACAUAUUUCCUUAAGGAUUGUGCUGAUCUACACUAAUAGUGAAUGUGAAUAAAGAGUAAGGUACUGAAAGCUGAUCCUACAUUGUGUCAAUGUAUUGUGUCAAUGCAAUGUAACACCAUGUGCAUGAAUAUAGAGGAACACAAGGAUUGAAGUAUUGAUGUUAGAAGUAGGCUGAGAUGAUUAGGUUUUGUUAUUUUUGGCAUGAUAUUAAACAUAGUUUUAAGUAAUGAAAUACUUAUUACAAUGUUUAAACAUCUGGGGUAUUUAGUUAAAACAUCUGAAAUAAAUAUUCAUCCAUUUAUCCAUUUAACAAACAUUUGCUGAAUAUUUAACAUGCAAUGAUCAGGAAAUAUAGGUGAGAAAGGAUAGUCUGCCUUCGCAUGCUAAUACAAGGGUCAGACAAAACCAGUGAUUACAGCUUAGUGUGUUAGCUGCUGUAAUGUUCACAGAAGAGACUGUGGAAAGGACACAAUUUUGAGAGCAGGUGGGAGUGGGACAGAAUAUUUAAGACUCAGUGUUUGUCAGGUAGACAGUGGAAGUUUAGGCUAAGAGACCCACAUGUACUGUUCCUGAGUUCUGCUUUCAUUAUUAUUUACUUUAAAAUUGAAAUGAAUGUUCACGGGGCUCAGUGAACAUUCAUACAAUUGAAAUGAAUGAGCCUCGGUGGCUCAGUGGGUUAAGUGUCUGCCUUCGGCUCA